UUUAUAUAUUUUGUUCACAAUGAUGGUGUCCGGUCUCAUAAAGCACCCCAUAAUCCAUCGGACACAUGGUGUCUCUCCGUUCAGUAUGUACCAGGCAAAAUUUGAAUACAAAAACCCCAGAGUUGUUGUUACAUGGCGUUCAAGCAUGCCAAAUUUUCUCAUCCUGCCAUUAAUCUGCGGCAGACCUUCUCAAAAUCAUCAUACCCUCUCCGUCAAUUUCGUUUGCCGGCGCGUAAUUCAUCUGAUGGUAAGCAAUGAAUUCUUGUACUUGGCAUUGCUAAUACAAUUGAAGGUUUUUAUUUUUAUUUUUAUUUUUAAUAUUUAUUUAUUAAGUUCAGUUGUUAAUUUUGUGCAAUGUGUAGAUGAUGAAGAUAGUGAGUUACUCAAAUAUGGUACUGACUUGACAAAGCUUGCUAAGAAAGGUGAGCUCGAUCCGGUUAUUGGCAGAGAGAGUCAAAUUCAGCGUUGCCUGCAGAUAUUAUGCAGGAGAACGAAAAAUAACCCUGUUCUUGUUGGUUCUGCUGGGGUUGGGAAAACUGCAAUUGCUGAAGGGUAUGCACCUUUCUUACUCUUAUCAAUGUAUUUAUUAUUAUUAUUUUUUUUCUUGUUAAAGAUUUUGAAUUCCGAGUUCACAAAGGUUAGGAAGUUUGCCCUUCUCUGCACCAUUGAUUAACGAACCACAUUGGUUAAUGACCCUUUUAAAUUAUAACGAUUUACCAAAACGUUUAUUAGUGCCUUUCCAUUUGAGAAAUAGUGUAUUCUGUAUA